UUCUAAAAAGGGGUUGAUGUGUUGCAGAUUCUUAUUCAUGUACAUUCCCAUUUUGGAGUGGUUUUGCCUAUAAAUCCAAGCACACAAAUAGGCCUUAUUAUUGCAUUGUGUUUCUAAGCAAGAAGGUAGAAGAGAGAGUAGGCUGUGCAUCUAGUUAAGAUGAACUGCUCUAGAGAAUGGAAGCCUGUAGUUAUCAUGUUAGCUGUUAGUUUCGCACUGGCUGUGGUGAAUUUGUUUCUUAAGAAGGUUCUUGAUGAAGGAAUGAACCAAUUAAUUAUUGUUACAUACAGACAAUCAAUUGCUGCUAUUUUCUUGGCGCCUAUUGCCUACUUCUGGGAAAGGAAAAGUAGACCAGAACUUACAGCUCGUAUAUUAUUUCAAUUUUUCUUAAGUGCUCUAAUCGGAGUAACAUUCACGCAAUACUUCUUCCUUCUUGGACUCCAAUACACAUCUGCCACAUUCGCCUGUGCUUUCUUGAACAUGGUGCCUAUUAACACAUUUCUAUUGGCACUUCCAUUUGGUCUAGAGAAAGUAAACUUGAAAAGCAAAGGAGGGAGGGCUAAGGUGUUAGGUACUCUGGUAUGCGUCAGUGGUGCUUUGUUAUUAACCCUUUACAAAGGAAUACCCUUAAGCAAAACUCAUUCACAAGCCUUAACUCACAUAACAAACCAUGGCAUGUUGAUUCCAGCUACAAGAGAGAGGUGGGCCAUUGGUUCGAUAUUUUUGGUUGCAGGCUCCCUUAUGUGGUCUUCAUGGUUCCUCAUACAAGCAAGGAUUGGCAAAAGAUAUUCAUGCCAAUAUUCAAGCACAGCAAUUUUGAACUUCUUUGGUGCCAUUCAGUCAUGCAUCUUGAGUUUGAUCAUCAAGAGGAACCUGGCCAUGUGGUUUUUGAAAGGGAGUUUAGAGAUACUAAGUGUCGUGUAUGCUGGGAUGGUGGGAUCAGGCUUGUGCUAUGUGGCAAUGUCAUGGUGUCUCAAACAAAGAGGUCCAGUCUUCACAUCAGCAUUUACCCCCUUGAUACAGAUAUUUGUAGCCAUCUUUGAUUUCUCUGUCUUGCAUGAACAAAUGUACCUUGGAAGUAUCUUGGGAUCUAUCCUAGUUAUAAGUGGCAUGUAUGUUCUUUUAUGGGGCAAAAGCAAUGAGGGAGCAGAAUGUGCAAAGCAAGGCCAAGUAGCUGAAGAAGAUCCAAAAUGUAAUCCAAUGUUACCUGUCACAAAUCAACCCAAAGGUGUCGUUGACCAGUUAUGAUUAGUUGUAAUCUAAUUCACCCACCUAUAAUUUGCAAUCUCACCUGAGUGAGUAUUUAACAU